GCCACCGAGAGCACCAACAAACUUUACCAGUGUUUCUUGCUCAAGAUAAAUUCCCAAUUUAUUGAUGUCAAUUUUGCUGUUUUUUGCUUUGAUUUCAAAGACAAAAGGGGGAGUACUCCACUGAAGACUGGAUCUGGAUUAAGUGUCUCCUGUUAUACUGGAUCAUGUGUUACAGCCUUGCAUGCUGUUUCCCCCCCUGCAGUCACUUCAUUGAUGGAAGCUUCUCACAGAGGACUCAGUUGCAUCUGCUGCAUGAGCCAAAGUGGCCAACACAUUGUGUGUUCUGAACCCCAGCCUGAGCUGUGAACUGUGAGGGAGGAUAAAGAGCUGGACUGACAGAGCUGCCACCUUGCUGGAGAGGCUGUAUGACGGAGCAGUGACACAACAGAGCGAAGCAUCAUCUUUUUUCUUGGCUUCACUAAAUUUGUGAAGACCCGGAGGAGCACCUCAUGUUACCCGUGGGGGCUUGUGACAAAAAAAACAGAACAUUCACCGUUAACCAGGAUUGAGCUUUUGUCUGAGGUUUGCACGGAUAUUUAUUUCACUAAUAAAGCGCUACACAUCUAACAUGGGUACACAAGGCCUUCUGGGCUGCGUUCUCCUAAUCACUUGCCUCACCUUAUCAAAUGCUGGGCUUGUGAAAAAAAUCCUACGGCAUCGACGACAGACUUUGGCAUCCCCUGAAGAUCAAAACAUAACCCUCCCGAGAGCAGAUCCUUUGGUUUUCAACCACGUCUAUAACAUUAAUGUUCCUGGAAGUUCCUUGUGCUCAGUGGACCUAGACACUACAGAAAGUACGCACCUUCAUCCCAAAGAUGCACCAGUCUCCUCAGGCCAUCACAUGACCGAGUACACGCUCGACAGGGAGAACCAGAUUGUCUUCACUCACCGCAUCAACAUACCUCGGCAGGCCUGCGGUUGCACCGACCACUUGCCCAGUCUAAAAGCCCUCAUGAGCCGGCUUGAGAUGCUUGAGGGAGAAGUUUCAGCUUUGAGGGAUCAGUGCCACAGUGAAGGGGCCUGCUGCAGUGCUCAGGUCAAAGGUGAAGUGGGAACAAAACCUUACUGUAAUGGUCAUGGAAACUUCAGCGCUGAAACCUGUGGCUGCAUAUGUGAGCCUGGCUGGAAGGGACCCAACUGCACCGAACCCGAGUGCCCAAAGAACUGCUGGGACCGAGGCCACUGUGUGGAUGGAAAGUGCAAGUGCUUUAAAGGCUUUGCUGGAGAAGACUGCUCAUUUGAGGCCUGCUCUGUGGACUGCAGCGUGCACGGCCAGUGCGUGGGUGGCGUUUGCGUCUGUACGGAUGGUUUCUUUGGCGAAGAUUGUUCUCAGAGCAAGUGCCUCAAUAACUGCCUAGGCCGUGGGCGCUGUGAUGACGGAGACUGUGUGUGUGAUGAACCGUGGACUGGCUUUGACUGCUCUGAGCUUAUCUGCCCCAAAGACUGCUACGACCGUGGACGCUGUCUGAAUGGAACUUGCUACUGCGAUGAAGGAUUUGCCGGUGAAGACUGUGGAGAGCGCAUCUGUCCGAACAACUGCCGUGGUAAUGGUUUCUGUGUCGAUGGCCAGUGCGUCUGCACAGCUGGCUACAGUGGAGAAGACUGCAGUCAGCUCACCUGCCUGAAUGACUGUAACGGUAGAGGAACCUGCUUCAGUGGGAUGUGCAUCUGUGACACAGGGUAUCAGGGUGAAGAUUGUAGCCAGUUGGCAUGUCUGAACAACUGUAACAACAGAGGCCAGUGCAUAAAUGGACAGUGUGCGUGUGAUGUUGGCUUCCAGGGAGACGAUUGCUCCGAGCUGUCCUGUCCAAACAGCUGCUUGCACAGGGGGCGCUGUCUCAAUGGUCAAUGCGUAUGCGAGGAAGGCUUCGCUGGUGAGGACUGCAGCAUCCGCACAUGCCCUUCAAACUGCUACGGCCGUGGAGAGUGCUCCGAGGGGCGUUGUUUAUGCCACGCAGGCUUCACUGGUGAGGACUGCAGUGAAUUGAGCUGCCCCAACAACUGUAGGAACCAUGGCCGGUGCAUCAAUGGUCAGUGUGUCUGUGACGAAGGGUUUGCAGGAGAAGACUGCAGUCAGAGAGCUUGUCCCAACGACUGCCUGACCCGCGGUUACUGUGUUGACGGAGAGUGCAUUUGUCAUGAAGGCUAUUCGGGAGACGAUUGCUCCGUGCUCACCUGUCCAGAUAACUGCAACAACAGGGGGCGUUGUGUCGACGGAAGAUGCAUGUGUGAGAUCGGAUAUGAAGGAGAAAGCUGUGCAAUGAUGAGCUGCAUCAACAACUGCCAGGACAAAGGGCACUGCGUGAACGGUCAGUGUGUCUGCGAUGAGGGAUACAUCGGAGAAGACUGCUCACAAGUAUCUCCUCCAAAGGACCUAACUGUUGGGGAGGUCACCAGUGAGACUGUCGGCCUGUCCUGGAACAAUGAGAUGCUGGUCACAGAGUACCUCGUCACAUAUGUGCCCACAAUUCCUGGCGGUCUUCUCCAAGAGUUCACUGUGUCGGGAGACAAAACCGCUGCAACUGUUAAAGAGCUUGAGCCUGGUCUUGAGUAUCUGAUUAAUGUCUACGCUGUUCUGAGUAACAAAAGGAGCAUCCCUGUGAGUGCACGGGUGGCCACAGACCUUCCGCAGCCAGAAGGGCUAAGAUUCAAAUCAGUAAGAGAGACCUCAGUCGAGGUCAUUUGGGACGAGCUGGACAUCCCCUUUGAUGGCUGGGAGAUCUAUUUCCGCAACAUGAAAGAAGAAAAUGGAAAAGUUUCAAGCACCCUUCCACCCUCUCAGAACCAAUUCUUCCAAUCAGGGCUUGGACCAGGACAGGAGUAUGAAGUCUCCAUCAACAUCAUCAAGAACAACACCAGAGGACCCCAAACAACCCAAACAUUCACUACCAAGAUUGAUAGCCCUCAGCAGGUGGAGGUGAAGGAUAUUACGGACUCCUCGGCUCUGAUCAGCUGGUCUCAGCCAGUGGCUCCCAUGGAUGGAAUCACCAUGUUUUACAUGCCCAGCUCUGACCCUUCAGAUGAAAAUCGUGUGGAUAUAUCCCCCCCAGACAAGCAGUAUAGCAUUGAUGGUCUGAGGCCAGACACCGAGUACACAGUGUCGCUCAUUUCCAGGAGUGGAGACAUCACCAGUGACCCUGUCACUGCCACAUUCACUACAGCACUGGAUGCCCCCACGAACCUUCAGACUGUGUCCCAGACAGACAACAGCAUCACCCUGGAGUGGACCAACAGUGAAGCUGAUAUUAGCAGCUAUCGGGUAAAAUACAGUCCCAUCUCUGGGGAAAUUCAUGGUGAGGAAGUGUUCAAGCGAGGACCAGGCGAUAGCACACAGGCUACCAUCACCAGGCUAAAGCCAGGUACAGAGUACGGGAUUGGAGUGACUGCUGUGAAGAAUGAGAGAGAAAGCCUCCCAGCUACCACAAACGCAGCAACUGACCUUGAUCCUCCCAGAGAUUUUGAGGAAAUUGAAUCCACAGAGACGUCUCUCAGCGUCAAGUGGCAGAAACCUCAGGCCAAAAUCAGUGGAUACAGACUGGUGUACAUCUCCAGAGACGGUCAGGUUGGGGAGGUGGGGUUCCCAGCUGCAACGACUACCUAUCAUUUGCCCAAUCUGACUCCUGGGAUGAGCUACACCCUUACCUUGACUGCAGAGAGGGGGCACAAAAGGAGCACACCCGUCUCCCUGUCUACAUCCACAGCCUCUUUCACAUUUUAUUUAGCUGACUCAGAUGACCGUGAGCUAGCGACUCCUACAGGCUUGGAGGACAAUGUCAUUAGCUUUGUGUAUCUAGACCCCUCCGAGUCCCAGUUUUCUGGGACCGAGCCUGAGGAUGAGCCUGGAGUGCUGACUGUCUCAAGUGUCACGUCUGAUGGAUUUGAUCUGUCAUGGAAACUAAAGGCUCGUGGUGUCUAUGAUAGUUUUGCACUAGAAUAUAAAGACACUCAGCGAUUGUGGGACAUGAGAGAGGUUCAACUUCCUGGAGAUGCCCAUGGCUCUAGAAUCCAUGGCCUGACGGCAUCGACAGAAUAUCUAAUAAAACUUUAUGGAAUAACAGGUAGCCAACGAGCUGCGCUACUUGAAGCUGUUGCAAUCACAGCACCCAAGCCCACAUCUCCAGAUGUGCUUACGCUGAGUAUCAAAGAUGCCUCAACGCUCCCACAGUCUGUUCCGGAUAAUGAAGCUGUUCAAAACCCAGACAUCCUCGAUACUCUAAAUAAUGAAGUAACUUCCACUUCUGAUUCUGGCGGGAUAAGCUCCGGUGCCGAGCCUGACAGCUCAGGCUUGGACCUACUCGGGGAUCUCACAGUCAGUGUUACCGCCACUAGUGUAAAGCUGGCAUGGUCCGCGCCCGAUGAGGCGUUCGAUAGCUUUUUGGUGGAGCUUACUGCUCCGUCAGCAACAACGCAACCUCGUGUGACCACGGUACCAGGAAAUAUGAGGAAGGCUGAAAUAGAAGGGUUGUCCCCUGCUACACACUAUGAUAUUACAUUGCAAGGGCUGGUGGAAGGGGAGCGAUCUUUACCUCUCAGAGUUUUUGCUACUACAGAGAUGCUGACGCCAAUGGUGGUGAACCUCACCAUCUCUGACAUAACAUGGGAUGGCUUCACUGCAUCCUGGAGCCCCACGAGUGGGGACUUUGACAGCUUUGUGAUUGAGAUAACAAACCUGGAGAAUUUUGCAGAGAGCCAGAACCUCACUCUGUCCGGAGACGCUUUGAGCCUGGGUAUCUCUGGGCUGAAUCCCAACACCAGCUACAUGGUUGGCCUGUAUGGGAUGUAUCAGGGCUCCUUCCUUGAACCUGUGUACAGUGAAGCCACCACAGAGGCUGAGCCAGAAGUGGAGCAUCUCUUUGUCUCAGACGUCACAGCUGACAGUUUCCGUCUGACGUGGACUGCCAAUGAAGAUCUGUUUGACCGAUUUGUGAUCAAAAUAAGAGACAGCAAAAGGUUAGCCCAUCCUCAAGAGCACAGCGUCCGUGGCGAUGAACGAACCAAGGUCAUAACCGGACUUAUGGGUGGCUCCGAGUAUGAAAUCGAGCUUUACGGUGCCACACUGGAUCGACGCUCCCAACCUAUUACAGGGGUUGUUCAGACAGGCCUCAGCACUCCCAGAGGACUUCACUUCUCUGAAGUGACUGACUCUUCAGCCGUAGUUCACUGGUCCAUGCCUCGCUCUCCGGUGGAUAACUACCGCAUCACCUAUGUGCCAUUUGAAGGAGGAAGCCAAAUGACAUUGACUGUAGAUGGCAGCGUGUUCGAGGCUUUGCUUCCCAAUAUGAUUCCCGGAAAGACGUACCAAGUAACCGUCAGUGCUCUGAAGGGUCUGGAGGAAAGUGACCCCAGCACAGACACUGUGACCACAGGUUUGGACAGACCUCGUGGUCUUACUGUUAUCAAUGUCACGGACACUUCGGCCCUGUUGCUGUGGCAACCAUCUGUCGCCACUGUUGAUGGCUACAUCAUUACCUACAGUGCUGAUUCUGUGUCCCCAACAGUGGAACACGUUUCUGGGAACUUUGUGGAGUUUGAGAUGAACUCCUUGGUUCCAGCAACCCACUACACCGUGGGAGUUCAUGCUAUGAAAGAAGCUCAGAGGAGUGCUUCUGCUGUUACCGAAUUCACCACAGAUGUGGACCCUCCUCGCGAUCUGAUAGCUAUGAAUAUUCAAACUGACAGCGCCACUCUGAAGUGGAGACCAUCUCAUGCUGCUGUCACUGGAUAUAUGCUCAGCUUCUCCUCUGCUGAUGGAACAAUCAGGGAGGUGAUGCUAAGCCCAACAGCAUCAUCUUACAGCAUGUCGCAGCUCACUGGCUCCACGGAGUACAAUGUGAGACUGCAGGCUGCCGCUGGAGCCCAGAGGAGUCGCCACGUGGCCACCGUCUUCACUACCCUCGGACAGUUGUACAGACGCCCACGGGACUGUGCUCAGAUAUUACUGAACGGAGAGACGACCGCUGGUCUGUAUACCAUCUAUAUUGGAGGAGAGGAGAGCCAGCCCAUCCAGGUUUACUGUGACAUGACCACAGAUGGCGGAGGAUGGCUGGUUUUCCUCAGACGCCAGAAUGGAAAGCUGGAAUUCUUCAGGAACUGGAAGAACUACACGGCUGGCUUUGGUAACAUGAACGAUGAGUUCUGGCUGGGUCUCUCCAACCUCCAUAAAAUCACAUCUUCAGGCCAUUAUGAGCUGCGAGUGGACUUGAGGGACAACGGGGAGAACGCCUACGCGCAAUAUGACAAGUUCACAAUUGCAGAGCCAAGGACACGCUAUAAAAUCUACAUAGGAACAUAUAGUGGAACAGCAGGUGACUCCAUGACCUACCACCAGGGUCGGCCCUUCUCCACUUACGACAAUGAUAACGAUAUCGCUGUGACCAACUGCGCCUUGUCCUACAAAGGCGCCUUUUGGUAUAAAAACUGUCACCGUGUCAACCUCAUGGGGAAAUAUGGCGACAAAAGUCACAGUAAGGGGAUCAACUGGUUCCACUGGAAGGGCCACGAACACUCGAUCCAGUUUGCAGAGAUGAAGAUAAGGCCGGCCAACUUCAGAAAUUUUGAGAGCAGAAAAAAGCGAUCAUAGACUCAUCAAGCCCUCUCUCCUUCACACCUCAUCUCCAGGCAUCAGCAUCUGUGCUCCCCCAUCUUUAAGACACACUCGAACACACGAACACACGUACAGGCAGUCACACCACGCUGUGACUGAGUUUUCAAUGUGGGGAAAGACCCUGGAGGAUCAUUAACUGGGGGUUUUUUGUUGUUUUUUGUGUAGUUCUCCCGUGUGUGAUUGUAUAUUUUUGCAUUCCCAAAGAGAGUAGAUGCUAAGUUUGAUUCACGAACGGACAUAUAUGUGUUGUUGGGACCAAACACCUGUAGAAAAAUUUAAGUAAAUUAAUUAAAAAAAUUAAAAAUGGAUCUGAAACGAUUCACUGAAUCAGUAACAUGUCAAAAGGCACAUCCCGAGAAGUCAUGCAUCAGAGCGUUCGCCUCAUCCAUCUCAAACGGAAACACUGACCAGGUUAGAUGCAUCACAUGAAAACUUUAAAGCUUAAAAACUUAAAUAUUGUCAUAUGUUUACUGUACAAAUCCACUUAUCCCAUCCCCCAAGAAGCUAUUGAACUCUUGCUUGAAUUUUGAUUUACUUAUUUUGAUAGGAAAACAAAAAGACCUGAUGCUCUGUAACCUUCAAUACAAAUAAAAGAAGAUGUUAGUUUGA